AUGGGCACUCUGUCCGUAACGCAGGGGGAAACUGGUUGGCAUAUGACUGAUCUCGUACGUGGGGAACGUUCCGGGAUUGUGCACAAACACGUUUAUCCCAUCGUAGACCUUGUCGGUAAACAUUGAGUCCUAAAAUGGAGCGAGGACAACAUUAGAAACCUUUCUUGCCGUUUAGUGCCUUGGCCAAUUACCCGAUAAAAGGCUAUUGGAUAAACAAUUCUUGGUUUACAGUCGUGUAAAGUUUUUUUACCGUUAACCUCUCUGCAAUCCGAAAGUGCUCACUGCCUUUUCUCUGAACAGGUUGAUUUUGGUUAUAGGACUCUUUACAUGCAUUAUUUGACUGCCUAAUUUAAUGUGUAAAAGAACAAAUUGUUGACUUGGUGGUGGCGGCGAUAGCAGUAGUAUUAGUGGUGAUGAUGGUAGUGAUGAUGAUGAUGAUGAUGAUGAUGGUGGUGGUGGUGGUGAUGAUGAUGAUGAUGAUGAUGAUGAUGAUGAUGAUGAUGAUGAUGAUGAUGAUGAUGAUGAUGAUGAUGAUGAUGAUGAUGAUGAUGAUGAUGAUGAUGAUGAUGAUGAUGAUGAUGAUGAUGAUGAUGAUGAUGAUGAUGAUGAUGAUGAUGAUGGCGUUGGUGGUGGUGGUGAUGCAGGUGGUGGUGGUGGUGGUCGUCGUCGUCGUGGUCGUGGUGGUCGUGGCGGUGACAGCAGCCUCCAAAUUAUUUACUCAUUUUUCCUGACUCUGUUCUCAAGAUAUGUAAGCCAACUAUUACAGAGCGCCAAGAUUAUAAAUAGGACUAGUCUGACCUAUAUGUAA